AACAGAAAAUCGGCGUCGGGCCCGGACGGCGUAACCAAUAAAACGCUCCGCAACUUGGACGACGAGUCGAUAGAACGGCUGACGGAUUACAUUAACGUGUGCUGGAAUGCCGGCACGAUACCGAGCUCGUGGAAAACGGCGCGCAUAAUUAUGAUCCCCAAACCGGGCAAACGGGUACAAAUCGACAAUCUUCGACCAAUAUCCCUGACGUCCUGCGUCGGCAAGGUCAUGGAACACGCGGUUCUCACUCGCCUUACCAACUACCUCGAGGACCGAGACAUGCUGCCGCACACGAUGCUGGGGUUCCGUCGUGGCCUUUCUACGCAGGACGUCAUGAUUCAACUCAAACACCACAUCGUAGACAAUCCCACGUGAUCCACAAAAGCAAUACUCGGUCUUGACCUCAAAAAGGCGUUCGACAACGUAAAACACGCUGCGAUACUUGAAAGCAUACGAGCAUUGGGACUGGGCGAGAGAACGUACGACUACGUACGGGACUUCCUUACGGGUCGCCAUGCCCGCAUAGUGAUCGGCUGACUGGAAUCGCAAGACAUCGACAUAGGUUGCGCGGGCACACCGCAGGGCUCUGUCAUCUCGCCCAUGCUCUUUAACGUCGUGCUUCUCGGAUUACCCCAGAAACUGGCAGAGAUAGAAGGCCUCCACCACAUCUUGUACGCCGAUGACAUUACGCUCUGGGUUGCUGAGGGAAAUGACGGCCACGUAGAGCAAACCUUACAGGCGGCUGUCGACGCGGUGCAGGAGUAUCUACGUGACACGGGCCUCGAAUGCUCCGCGGCCAAAUCGGAGCUCCUGCUUUACAGACCCACGCGCAGGGGUCGCAAACCCAGGUGCUCCGAUUCCGCAGCCGAGCACGCCGACAGAGAAAUUAGAGUAGUCACAUCUGACGGCACCAUCAUCCCGCAUGUUCACAAAAUUAGGGUACUGGGCUUGCACCUGUCGGCCAACGGCCACAACGGCGAAACCGUACACAGACUAGAGCGUGCGGUAAAUGAAACGAUCCGGUUACUGAUACGUAUCACGAACAGACAUAGUGGAAUGAAAGAAAGCAAUACGAUCCGCCUGGUACAAGCGUUCGUAACCAGUCACAUAAAGUACGUCGCCUCCUACCUCAAGUGGCAGGUGGCCGAACGAACUAAACUAGACCGCCUCAUCCGCAAGGCGUACAAACGUGCCAUAGGAUUGCCGAUCAAUACCAGUACGGAUAAAUUUCUCGAACUGGGUUUACACAAUACCCUAGACGAGAUAAUAGAAGCGCACAACGUCGCGCAGUACGAGCGUUUGUCAAAAUGCAGAACCGGACGACACGUCCUCGAGACGCUGGGCAUCAGCUACUACACACAGCAGGCCGAAAAGGUUGCGAUACCCAUACCGAUUCGCGAGCGCAUCGCCGUUUCGCCGUUGCCCAAGAACAUGCACCCGACGCAUCACGCUGGCCGGCGCAACAGGCGCGCGCGAGAUUUACAAAAGAAAUACGGCAGCAACAAAGAAGCUGUCUACGUAGAUGCGGCCCGUUACGAGCGGCAACGUGGUUUCGCGGUUGCAGUCACGGACCAUAGCGGAACUUGCGUCGCGAGCGCGACGAUACGCACGGAAGAGAGGGAGGCGGCCGAGGAAGCAGCGAUAGCCCUCGCGGUGGCCACCACGGAUGCCGAGGUGAUAAUCAGCGACUCGCAGACAGCGAUACGCAACUACGCUAGCGGCCGG